CAACCCAUGAUCCAUUCAAAACACCGCAGCGCACACCGGGAAGUAAGAGGGUCUGUGCAGCUCCCCGGGUGCUGAGCUGCGGUGAGUGACAGCAGGCCUCGCUGAGGAUCCAUGAUGUCUCCUCUCGGAGCGGCCACCUCGAUGCUGCUGCUGCUGCUUGUGUCUGGACGAUCACUCAGCGCACCGCGCUCCUUCAGCAUCGACUACCAGAACGACUGCUUCAGGAAAGAUGGGGAGCGGUUUCGCUACAUCUCGGGAAGCAUCCACUACAACAGGAUCCCCAGAGUCUACUGGAAGGAUCGGCUGCUCAAGAUGUACAUGGCAGGACUGAACGCCAUCCAGACGUACAUCCCCUGGAACUACCACGAGGACUCUCCAGGCCAGUACAACUUCAGUGGAGACCGGGAUCUCAUCCACUUCCUCCAACUCGCCCAGGACGUCGGUUUGCUGGUCAUCCUCCGGCCUGGACCCUACAUAUGCGCAGAGUGGGACAUGGGCGGGCUGCCAGCGUGGCUCCUCAGGAACAAAGACAUUGUGCUGCGGUCCUCGAAUCCAGAUUACAUCGCGGCCGUGGAUCAGUGGAUGGGAAAGCUGCUGCCUAUGAUAAAGCCGUACCUCUACCAGAAUGGUGGUCCCAUCAUCACGGUGCAGGUGGAGAAUGAAUAUGGCAGCUACUUCGCCUGUGACUACAACUACCUGCGGCACCUGACCAAGCUGUUCCGCUCCCACCUGGGGCAGGAGGUGGUGCUGUUCACCACAGACGGAGCCGGGCUGGGCUACCUGAAGUGCGGCUCCAUAGAGGGUCUCUACGCCACAGUGGACUUUGGCCCAGGUGCGAAUAUCACCGCUGCCUUUGGAGCUCAGAGAUACGCUGAACCCCGCGGACCUCUGGUGAACUCCGAGUUUUACACUGGGUGGCUGGACAACUGGGGGUCCCCUCACGCCUCCGUGUCGCCUGAGGCCGUGACGAAGACCCUGAAUGAGAUGCUGGCCAAGGGCGCCAACGUCAACAUGUACAUGUUCAUAGGAGGAACCAACUUCGCUUACUGGAAUGGCGCCAACGGUCCGUACAAACCCCAGCCCACGAGCUACGACUACGACGCUCCGCUCACAGAAGCAGGAGACCUCACAAAGAAAUAUUUUGCCAUCCAGUCAGUGAUCAAAAUGUACCACAAAAUACCAGUAGGACCAGUACCACCAACUACUCCAAAGUAUGCGUAUGGGUCUGUUGAGAUGAAGAAGCUCCAGACGAUUUCAGAAGCCUUGGACAAGCUGUCCAUGUCCGGCCCAGUCAGAAGCAAGGACCCUCUGACUUUUACUGAGCUGAAGCAGAACUUUGGUUUUGUGCUCUACAGGACGACUCUGCCUGUGAAUUGCAGCAAACCAACUCCACUGUCCUCCCCACUCAACGGCAUCCAUGAUAGAGCCUAUGUGUCAGUGGACGGGGUAGCUGCAGGGAUUCUUGAAAGGUCCAAAGUUAUAGCCAUAAAUGUGACUGGGAAGGCUGGCAGUCAACUGGACAUACUGGUGGAGAACCUGGGACGCAUCAACUAUGGAAAAGAAAUCAAUGACUUCAAGGGUAUCGUGUCCGCGCUGAACCUGGCCACGGUCCCACUCACUAACUGGACCAUGUACAGUCUCAGUAUUGAUGAAGCAGUCAGUGAAGGCCUGCUUGGAGCCAGAGAAGCCACACACAGAGCCCCUCCUCAGCCUGUUGCCCUCUCCCCUCCAACCUUCUACGGCGGCAGCUUCAUCAUCCCCGACGGCAUCCCGGACCUUCCUCAGGACACCUACAUACAGCUGCCCAAAUGGAGGAAGGGUCAGAUCUGGAUUAACGGCUUCAACCUGGGACGUUACUGGCCAAGUCGAGGACCUCAAGUGACACUUUUUGUUCCUGCCAACGUCCUCAGCACAGCCGCACCCAACAACGUGACAGUCCUGGAGCUGGAAGGGGCUCCCUGCAGCUCGGGUCCGUGCACGGUGGAGUUCACCACCGACCCCAUCCUGAACGGCCCGGUUCAUGGUGAUCACACGCGGCGCCGCAUCCCGUUUGCAAAGGAGGAUCUGCUAUGAUGAAGGGAGCUCUCCACCGCACAGAGCAAAUCAAUUUGCACAGCUCGUUGAUCAUUUGAGCCCCGUGUUUAUUUUAGGGAUAGAUGUAUGUUUUAAGAUGUGUCGUGUGACAGGAGAUAAAACUGAGAAGUAAAAUUAGUUAUUGAAUCUAAAUCAAAUUUUUACCAAUGCUAUUUUUAAUUUGUUUUUACAAAGGGAUUAUCACUGCCAACAUUUAUUGGCCUGUACUGUAUUUCAGUGAAUGCUUUAUUUUUGUAUACGUGGAACACAUCAGGGAAAACACGUCAUGGUGAUAUGUUGAAGCUAUACAAUAAUAUGAUUGUAAAAUUUAUGCCUUUCAGUUCAAAUAUUAAACAAAGGAAGUAUCUACUUUCUAUUUUCACAAAA